AUGGAAGAGCAAAGCCAUAUACUUGCAACAGUGCAAAAACUUCUAGGAAGAACUGGGUCAAGAGGUGGGAUUACUCAAGUCCGUGUUGUCCUACAUGGUGACGAAAGUGGAAGAACGCUUGUAAGAAAUGUAAAAGGACCAGUCAAAGAAGGAGAUAUGCUUGCACUUCUGGAAAGCGAAAGAGAAGCAAGAAGAUUAAAAUAA